AUGGUUAUUUAUUUGAACAGAAUAAUCAUUAUUGCGAAUAUGGUUCGAGUUCUUAUGGUGCUGUUCUUGUUCAGGAUUAGCUUCUCAAUGAAUAUUCCAGCGUCUUUUGUAUUUGGGGAUUCCCUACUUGAUGUGGGGAACAACAACUAUAUCGUUUCACUGGCCAAAGCAAAUCAUGACCCUUACGGAGUUGAUUUUGGAAUGCCCACCGGUCGUUUCAGCAAUGGAAGAACUGUUGUCGAUAUUAUAAAUCAGCAACUGGGUCUUGACUUUAGUCCUCCUUACUUGGCUCCCACUACUUCCGGACCAGUGGUUCUAAAGGGUGUUAACUAUGCCUCUGGAGCAGGUGGAAUUCUUAAUAACUCUGGCGAAAUCUUCGGUGGUCGAAUCAACUUUGAUGCACAGAUUGAUAACUUUGCAAACACCAGGGAGGAAAUUAUCUCCAUAAUUGGUGUUCCAGCGGCUCUCAAUUUGUUUAAAAAGGCUCUAUUUUUAGUAGCACUUGGCUCAAAUGAUUUCCUAGAUAACUAUUUGACACCUAUAUUCUCAAUACCCAAGAGGGUGUUUGUAUCUCCUGAAUCAUUUGUGGCCAUCUUGAUAUCAAGACUCAGACUACAGCUCACUCGGCUAUUCAAUCUAGGGGCCAGAAAAAUUGUUGUGGCAAAUGUAGGGCCUAUUGGGUGCAUACCAUAUAUGAGGGAUUUUAACCCUUAUGAUGGAGAUGACUGUGUCACUUUCCCUAAUCAGCUAGUCCAAUUGUUUAACACCCAAUUGAAAAGCCUUAUUGCAGAGCUCAGGACAAACCUGGAAGGGUCAUUAUUUGUUUAUGCAGAUGUUUACCAUAUGAUGGAAGACAUCAUCCUCAAUUACAAUAAAUAUGGGUUUGAGAAUCCGAAUAGUGCAUGCUGUCACCUGGCUGGUCGAUUUGGAGGCUUGAUCCCAUGCAAUGGUAUUUCAAAAGUGUGUGAGGAUCGAUCCAAGUAUGUUUUCUGGGAUACUUACCAUCCUAGUGAUGCUGCUAAUGUUAUCAUUGCCAAGCGUCUCUUAAAUGGUGAUACCAAUAGCAUUUCUCCUAUCAACAUUUGUCAACUUUCCCAAGCUUAA